AUGGAGAGGGUGCGGGUUGGGCGGAAGGAGAAGCGCGGGGAGGAGGGGAGGCGCGGGGGUCGCGCGGAGAGCGAGGAGCGGGAGGAGCGUGAUAAGGGUGAGGGGAGGAGGGAGAGAGAUCAGAUGAGGGCGAGGGAUGGCUUGGGGGAAGGUGAGCGCGAGCGAGAUGUGAUUAGGGUCAGGGACGGCGGGAGGGGCAGGGAGAGCGAGAGGGGACGAGGAAGGGAUGACGUGGAUGGGAGGCGAAGGGAGAGAGAGGAUGAUGGUGGCAGGGAUAGGCGAUGGGAUGGCGAGAUGGAGAGGGAGAGGGAGCGAGACGGCAGGAGGGGGAGGGGCAGGUCGGGCCGGCACAGGCGGGGAGGGUCCGAUUCGGAUGGGAGUGAGAGCAGCGGCGAGUGGGAGAGGGAGCGAGAGAGGGAGAGGGGGGGGGUAAGGGGGAGAGGAAGGGAAGAUAGGCACAGGAGGCAUGAGGAAGGCAGGCGAGAGGAGGGGCGGCGAGAGAGGGGGAGGGGCGAGUGGGAGGGAGAGGAGAGGCGGGGCGACGGGCGGGGGGCUCCCGUGCGCGCACCCAAUGCUGAUGCUGCCGCCACUCCUGCCCCCGCCGCUGCUGCCGCUGCUGGCGGAGCAGCAGGCCCAGGCGCAGGUCCGGCAGCAGGCAAGGCAGCAGCAGCGCGGGACACAGGGCGCACGGGAGGCGCGUACAUCCCGCCGUUCAAGCUGGCGCGCAUGCUGCAGGAGGUGAACGACCGCAGCAGCGCGGAGUACCAGCGCCUCACGUGGGACGCGCUGCGCAAGUCCAUCAACGGGCUGGUCAACAAAGUCAACGCCAGCAACAUCAAGAACAUCAUUCCCGAGCUCUUUGCGGAGAACCUGGUGCGCGGCAGGGGGCUGCUGUGCCGCGCGUGCAUCAAGUCGCAGAUGGCCAGCCCCACGUUCACUCACGUGUUUGCGGCGCUGGUGGCGGUGGUGAAUACCAAGUUCCCCGAGCUGGGCGAGCUGCUGCUCAAGAGGAUCAUCCUGCAGUUCAGGAGGGCCUUCCGGCGCAAUGACAAGCCGGUGCUGGUGGCAGCAUGUCGCUUCCUCGCGCACCUCUGCAACCAGCAGGUGGCUCACGAGAUCGUGGCACUCGAGCUGCUCACACUGCUGCUGGAGACGCCCACGGAUGAUAGUGUGGAGGUGGCAGUGAGCUUCGUGAAGGAGUGUGGCGCCAUGCUGCAGGACCUCUCGCCCCAGGGCCUUCACAGCAUAUUCGAGCGCUUCCGCGGCAUCCUGCACGAGGGGGAGAUCGACAAGCGCGUGCAGUUCACCAUCGAGGGGCUCUUCGCGAUUCGCAAGGCCAAGUUCGAGGGCUUCCCAGCAGUGCUCCCCGAGCUGGAUCUGGUGGAGGAGGAGGAUCAGAUCACGCACGAGCUGUCGCUGGAGGAGCCUUAUGACCCCGAGACUUCACUUGAUGUGUUCAAGUUCGACCCCGACUACCUGGCCAACGAGCAGCGCUACAAGGAGAUCAAAGCCGAGAUCCUGGGAGACGAGGAGGAGGAAGAGGACGACAAGGGCGAGAAGGGGGACGACGACGAGGAGGAGGAGGAGGAUGAGGAGAGCAGUGAGGAGGAGGAGGACGAGGAGGAGCAGGCGAAGCAGCAGGAGAUUUGCGACGAGACGGAGACCAACCUGGUGAAUCUGCGGCGCACCAUCUAUCUGACCAUCAUGGCGUCCGUCAACUUUGAGGAGGCGGGCCACAAGCUGAUGAAAGUCAACCUGCAGCCGGGGCAGGAGAUGGAGCUGUGUGAGAUGCUUCUAGCCUGCUGCUCCCAGGAGCGCACCUACCUGCGCUACUAUGGGCUGCUGGGCCAGCGAUUCUGCAUGCUGAACCGCGCCUACCAGGAGUGUUUCGAGCAGUGCUUUGUGAAGCAGUACAGCAUGAUUCACCGCCUCGAGACCAACAAGCUGCGCAACGUCGCCAAGCUCUUCGCUCACUUCCUCGCCACUGACGCCAUGCCCUGGGCGCUGCUCUCUUAUAUUCGCUUGACCGAAGAGGACACCUCCUCCUCGUCCCGUAUUUUCAUCAAGAUCAUGUUCCAGUGGGCUCUCUUUGCCCACUUCCUCGCCACUGACGCCAUGCCCUGGGCGCUGCUCUCUUAUAUUCGCCUCACAGAGGAGGAUACGUCCUCUUCAUCGCGCAUUUUCAUCAAGAUCAUGUUCCAGGCUAGCAUGCGCUCACAGGCCCAUAGGCUGUUCGCUCACUUCCUCGCCACCGACGCCAUGCCCUGGGCGCUGCUCUCCUACAUCCGCCUCACAGAGGAGAACACCUCAUCAUCCUCCCGUAUCUUCUUCAGAAUCAUGUUCCAGCUCCAGGCGGUGCCCUGGGAAUGGAAAACGAGGAAGAAGCAGGCGUACUAUAUUAUGACGACCUGUCAAGGUGCAGUACUCAAGGACUUCCACGCUUCACUUUCUUUGGAAACGAGUAUGCCGAUCUUGACCAGGGCGACGAAAGCUGCUGCUACUAUGACGACGCAAGAAGGCCAGACCUCUCCGCCGCUGGAGCAGACGGCUGGUACGGACGCGGAUGCUGGCACUCGUGUCACCCCCCCUGCUGAUGGUCGCGUCGCUCCAGUGGUCGCGACGGCGUCAACGUCUUCUGCUCCACCCUCUGCAUCUCCAGUUCCGGAUCCAGUGGCGCCUGCGCCUGCGGCCUCGUCUACAUAUGCCUCUGCAGGGGGGGGCGAGGAGGACGAGGAUGACGACGAUGGUUACUUAAGCGACGACCCGGAAGAAGGCAUUGAAGUGCAGAUUAAAGUUGCACUGGCGGCUAAGGCGCGAGUUACGCUGACGCUCUUGAUUCCGUUCGAACUGGCGAAGGAGAUGGCCGCAGUGAAGCCCUCGGUGAAAGCGCUUCUGAUCUUCCUGAAACAAAAGAAGAAGUUAUCGGACAAGGCACUUGACGAUGUCGCGUUCCAGGAACUGCUUCCGACGUUCAUCUCCAAGAUCCACUUCAGUCGCCUGCAAGUCACGCUCGCGACGGCUGAAGACGCGGAAGUGGUGCGUCAGCACCGUGUGGAGCACAUUGUCAGAACUACGAAACAUCAGUUUGGCUGGCUGCAUCCGGUGAACCGUGCUUACGUGAAUGCGAAAUCUGACCUGCCGGAAGGAGUGGAAGUUCUGCUGAAGGGAGUCCCGGCGGAGAUCACGCCGCUCAUCGUGUAUGAAUCGCUGGUGGUUGCGAAGCUACAGAAGCGCGGCCGUUCAGCAUUCUUGCAGGGCGCAGGCUUUCACCGUGUGGUUGACCCUGUUUCGGGAUUGGACACGGACAAGAUUCGCGGGUUGGUGGUCCCGCAUCCAGGGGACAUGUACCGCUGGCGCCAUGUGGUGGAGGACCCGCUCACGGCCUCCAUCCAGUCGGCAGGGGUGGUGAGGAAGAUUCUCCGCGACCCGGCGUUGGUCCUUAUCUCGACGGAAGCCAAUGUGGAAGAAUGGCUGUGUGUCCAGGAGUGCUGCGAGCGGGCGCAUGGCGACUCUUUCGCACAGGCAGUGGCUCAUAUUGGUUCCUUCAGCCAUGGUGCGGCUCUGGGCUCGGCAGGUGUGGCGACUCGCGCGACCAAGGCGAAGCAGAGCCUGCGCGCGGCGAAAAAGCUGUACGGGAUCCGUGCAGAGAAGGCGAAGGGGAAGUAG